ACUGCUGGAACAAAUGCUUAGUUUUAAAUUUGUUUUGUAAUUUAAAAGCUUAAUUUGAUAAAAGUACGUUUUUACUGACAGAAUAUCGUAUUUUUAUUAUUUUUUUAAGGUUAAAAAUAAAAACUUGUGACGGCUGUCGCCACGGUGCUCGGCAUGUGACUGCCCCCGCGAGCUGGGGAGGGGCGGGCUGUCUCGUGUCAGCCACCGUGGGACACUGCGCUUCAGCCUACGGUACUGGGCGGAACGUUAGCUGCACCGAGGAAGACGAGGCAUCGACGGGGAACUGUAAGCUGGCUCCGGGCUCUCCGCUUUUAAAACCAAACGGAGGAACAAAACAUAUCCCAAAAGAAAGAAAUUCCGGUGUCGGUUUUUCGUCGGUACGUGUGAACGAGACAUGAGCACCAAGAGGAAGGCCCUCGGUCACCCGAGGUCAGCAGACCGGGUCCACACCAUGAAGUCCAGAACCUCCCGGCCGGACUCCGAGAGGGACUCCGGGUUCUCCGAUGCGAGCUCGGAGCAGAUGAGCUCCAUGGAGACCACCGACUCUGAGGAUUCAACUCAUCCGGUGGUGAGACGAGGUCACCGGGGGAGCGGAUUGGCUGUGGUGGGGGGGUCAUACUCCAGCCUUUCCCCCAUGAUCAUCAUGAACAACGUCCUUCUCAAGCAGCCUGGGGAAAAUCCUCCAGCUAUGAAGCCUUGGGGAUUAAAUCCCACAGUGAAGGUGGUGCAGCCGGUGGUGCAGCAGCCUCCCUUUGUCUUCAUCCAGCCGGUGGUCUCUCGCCAAGCUUCCAAAGGGGCCCCUCCCAGACACAAACGCUCCAAGAAGUACCUCCCCAUUCUCAAGUCGUACCCCAAGAUCGCCCCGUAUCCACGCGACUCCUCCGGGAGGGGAUCUGCCUCCUCCUCUAUCUCCUCCUCCUCGGGGUCAGAGAGGAGCAGCAGUUCUUUGAACUCCAACCAGUGGGAGGCCAGUCAGAGGGAGAGCACCUCCGACUCGCCCACUCCCAGUCUUCCUGUUACCGCCGGCGCCGCGUCACCCCGGAACCAGAGCAGACCGUCCCUCCAAUCCCCUGAAGCCAGCACGCCAUCAUCAGCUGUCACUCAGACUGAAGUUAUGACCUCCCCCUGCUCCAAAAACCACCCCCUGUCCUGUUUACGCCCAAGCUCCGCCUCCUCCGACCAGUGCAGCCUGAGUGACUGUGAUUCCGACUCCAAGCGGAAGCGCUUCUGCAACACCUACAACAUCCUGAGCAAAUCCGGCCUGCUGGACAUCACGCUACGCACCAAGGAGCUCCUCCGGCAGAACCGCCGCUCCCAGAGCGAGCUGGAACGCCUCAAGGAGCAGACUGACCUCUUCCUCCGCGCUCUGCAGAGUGGCGACACCGGCCUGCGCCUUCAGCUGCAGGCCAGCCUCCAGGAGGAGGAGCCGGCGAACGCCGCUCGCAUCAGUCUGAAGGCUGAUUAGAGCAGUAAUCCCUCACAGGACCACCGGGGCCGGGCCGGGGCGUGUGCACAGACAGAUGGACUCGAAAUCAUAUGCUGCACGCUCCCGCCCCCUCUCGCCGCGAGGAGUGACCUACAUUUGGCUGCUGGUGACACUCAAGGACUCCAAACCAUCCGAGGAAUUCAGGUGGAUUUACCGGAAUGGACUCUGGAGUUCUUUAAAACGUUGGACUGGAAAGAACGUCACAGAAUCCUGCAGGAAUGGAAAUCUGACCAAACACUUGUGCAGACGGUUGUUUCCACCAUAAAUGCCUGUUCUACCCUCCAUGUGUGCCAGGAGACCCUCUACCGCUCCACGCAUGAUCUUCCUGCCGCGUCGCUGUUUGUCUCCUCCCGUGCAGAAGUGCACCGCAAUAAUCUGAUGUACAGCUUGUUUUCUUUGGGAGGAAAUCAUUGUAAAAACGGUUCCGUUCUUCCAUCCUCGCUCCUGCUGCACGAGUGCUGAGGUCCUUUUCAUGUCUGACGACACGUUUUAUUACAAAACCUGAAGCUUUUUCAUAUUUGAUUUAUAUCAGUGUCAUCGUUUGGGUCAGACUCUAUCAAGUCAUUCCGAAAUCAAAAUUCUGGAGGAUCUGUCCACAUUUAGAGCUGAAUCCAGCAGCCGAAGAUUCUUCCUUUAGCAAUACUUCACAUUUAAUUAAAAAAUCUUUUUUUAAUUUUCUUAACAAUUUUUUUAUGUGGAUGUUUUUAAGCAUUUCUAUUGUGCAACUUUUCUUUACAGGCAGUAAAUAUGUUGUUUUUUUACGACUAAUAGUUGCGCAUCAACUUUAACGUCUUAUAUCAAAACUGUAUCGACACUUGGAGACGGGACGCUGUUGUUUUAAACUAAAUUGUUUUUACUGUUUUUUUUUAAUUUUUUACUAUAAAUCAUGGCCUUAAAAUCCAAAGUUUGUCAUUCAACGUUUGCACUAAAAAUGAAUGAAUCUGAGGGCAGAACGGAACGGCAGCUAUGGCGUCAGGUCAUUUCUGAUGUCGUGUUUUAUCGUCUCUGCGGCCGGAAACGCGGCACAGAUUCUGUUUCUGUGGUUUGUGUAGCAGCUCAAGUGUAAAAGUUGAAGCAAAGUGUCUAUCAGCUGAAAAAGUGACGUGAAAUGUACUGAAGUCGUUUUGUCUUGUGAAUAAAUUGUAUUUUGAAGUC